CUGCCGCCUCCGCCCUCUGCAUUGGGAGCCAUGGUCCCCGCCCGCCUGCUCGCGCUGUUGCUGCUUCUUGUGAGCGUCCCCAGCGCCACUGCGGAGUCGAUCCGAGAGACCGAAGUCAUCGACCCGCAGGACCUAUUAGCAAGCCGAUACUUCUCUGGAGCUCUGCCGGACGAUGAGGAUGUGGGGGGCCCCGAUGAGUUUGAGCUGUCCGGCUCUGGAGAUCUGGAUGACUCGGAGGACCCCAGGAUCUUCCCUGAAGUCAUCCAACCCUUGGUGCCUCUAGAUAACCACAUUCCUGAGAGGGCAGGGCCUGUGAACCGGGUCCCCUCCGAACCCAAGGAGCUAGAGGAGAAUGAGGUCAUCCCCAAGAGGAUCUCGCCUUUUGAAGGGGAUGAGGAUGUGUCCAACAGGGUGUCCAUGUCCAGCACUGCCCAGGGCAGCGGCAUCUUUGAGAGGACAGAGGUCCUGGCAGCUCUGAUUGUGGGUGGCGUCGUGGGCAUUCUUUUUGCCACGUUCCUGGUCCUGCUCUUGGUGUACCGCAUGAAGAAGAAGGAUGAAGGCAGCUACGACCUGGGCAAGAAACCCAUCUACAAGAAAGCCCCCACCAAUGAGUUCUACGCGUGAAGCCUCCCGCAGGCAUGGGCUUGGACUGUGGGGGGAGAGAAGCCCAAGGACUGGGAAGGGUGGACAUUAGGGUAGGGGGAGGGCAACCUAAUACUGACCUAUCAGUGUCUCCAGCUGUGAUCAUGUUGUAAUGUCAGAAGAUGAGACAUCAUCUUCUAGUGUUCCUGCCUGGCUCUUCUCGAUUCUUUGGGCCUCAGUUGCCCCAGCAGAAAAACGGGGUUAAACUUGCCCUUUCUGAAGGCAGCCUGAGGAUUGGAUCAUUUCUUAACCUUCCAGCUUAGAGCCUAGGACCUAAGACCAGCUUAGAACCUAGCCUGAAUCAUACCCCAUCCAGAGCCCUCAGAAGCCAGGGGGCCAAGGAGUGUUGCGUGGAUCCUGGCUAGAGGUCUGCCCCCGAGCGGCCUUCCUCACUCCUUUUCACAGCCUGUCUCUGCCAGGAAUUGGGAGAAGGAAUUAGAACCAUGUGCACCCUGAGAUGUGUCUGUCAUUGGGAACUCGGAUCACACUACAGGACUCUCUGUGGUAUACCUUGAGCCAUUCUGGGCUCUUUCAAGUGACUUUUGGAAACCAGCAUUUUUUUACUAGGGGAGGGGAGGGAGGGAGGGUGAGGGGGAAGAGCCGAAAGUUCAUACUGAAAUGGAUUUGUAGAGUAUUUGUAAACCUGUUUUUGGUAGGUUUGUUUGUUUGUUUUUUAAAGGGUUCAUUCCUUCACACAGAUUCUCUUUCUGCCUGGGCAAGAGUGUGCUAAGUCUUUAUUUAAUGUUUUUGUUGGUUGGUUUGUUUCUCGAAAAUGAGAGAAGAGCCGGAGAUACGAUUUUUAUUAAUAUUUUUUUUAUUAUUUAUAGUUACAGAUAGGGCCUCUCCUUCUCUUUAAACUCUCUCCCCCAUCAUUUUUUUUUUUUUUAAACUUCACAUUCUCCUGUCCAUGACCUUGGCCCUUUCUGAGGCUGCUUCUUCUAAGAAGUAGCUUUUGCUAAAACAUAAUUUUCUAGCAGAUCCCAAAAUGUAAUGCAGGGGAUAGUGGGAUAUUUGUGCCUCUUGUAAUAUAUUAUUAUUCUUCCUGGGUUCUAGAAAAAUAGAUAAAUAUAUUUUUUCAGGAAAUAGUGCGAUCGUUCUAGUUGAAAGUCGGCUGGGUGGUUGAGUGAGUGGCUUCUGUGUGGUUGGGUGGUUUUUUUGCCUGUUACUCUUGUCCGUUCCUGGUGCCUUCAUUUGAUUGGGCUGGGACAGUUGAGAGUCGAUGGUUCUACCCCCUAUUUUCUGCUUUUGGGCCCAGUUGGUGUUCCUUGGUCGGCUUUCUCCCAGCUCUAGACUGCACUGUCCAGUGUGGUGACCACAGGCCAUGUGUGGCUAUUUAAAUUUAAAUACAUUAAUUUGCAUGAAGUUCAAGGGUCAUUCCUUGGCCACAAUAGCUGCAGUUCAUGUGCUCAGUUGCCACUGAGGGCCAGUGGCUACUGUACUGCAUGUACAGAUGGAACACUUCGAACUAUUGGACAGCACUGCUUAGAGGACUAAGCUGGCUUAACAAGUCACAGCUCUGGCUUUCCCUGGAUGACCCUUGUCUCCCUGGGCAGGGGUGGAGGGCAUGGGGGGGGGUGCUGAUUAGGCUCCAGCUGGAGGCCAUCAUCUGGGAUCCCCCUUCUCCAGAGAGGAGAGGCCUGGUGGCCUAGCCUGGGUAGACCAUGCCUUUCCUUGACCCCACUGGCGGGGGUCGGGGGAUCACCCUUCCCCUCUCUAUCCAGUGGCCAUUAAUGAACUCCUUCACCACCCCAACCUAGGGUCCCAGCUGGCUGGGUCCUCUUCCGCCCCUGUGCCCUUUCCCUCAGGCUGUGUUGGGCGGGAGCACCUCUUCUGUAGCCACCUCUCACACUGUUGUCUGUUACUGAUUUUUUGAUAAAAAGAUAAUAAAACCUCAUACUUUGUA